UUUAAAUCUCGCUUGGCACCUCUCCUGGCGGAGGUUUUUAAUUGCUGUCUUGAAGAGGGCUCACUCCCUCCUCCAUGAGGAAGUCAGCUGUGAUUUUGCUGUCAAAGGGUAAGGAUUCUACGAUGAUUGAGAAUUGGCGCCCCAUUAGCCUGCUCAACGUCGAUAGAUCAUGGCCAAGAUCCUUUUCUGGGCGCUUGUCGUCAGUGGCAGAUGGUCUAUUUUUCGCAGCAGCAGCACUGCUCGGUUCCAGGGCAGGAGCACCUUCUCAGUGGUGUUAGCUGUCCGGGAGGCUCUGGAGCGGUGCAGGGCUGAUGGCUGUGGGAAGUACUUGCUGGCGUUGGAUCAAGCUAAGGCUUUUGAUCGGGUCGACCACAAGUACCUUUGGCAUCUCCUUUACAGGUAUGGUCUGGAGGGGAGGUUCAUUGGUUGGUUGCAGACUUUGUAUAAAGGGGCUGAGAGCUUCAUGUUGGUCAAUGGUUGGGUUGGGCGGGCCCUUUGAGGUCGGUUCGGGGGUCCGCCAGGGAUGUCUGCUGA